CCUGCAUCUUCCAGACCGAGCUCGCCGGCAUUCGUCAUUUCUUCACCCGGCGAUGAGGCUCUGGUAGUUUGGCGUUACAGUUCGGUGUUACCAAUUGCUGCAUCUCGUUCCACUACGUUUUCUUUUUAUUUCUCUUGAUCCCAAUUUCCCUUUUGCUACUACGACUCCGCCGGCAUCUCGCAACUCGGCCAUCCUGGAAUUUGAAACUUCAAGGAACACAGUAUUGUGCGAUACCGUUAUCGCGGAGCGGAUUUUAAUGCUGUCUAGCUGGGGAAAACACGGGGGAACAUAACGAGAGACAUGGCGACACUGAGGAGCAUGCGAUCAGGAGACAUGGGGUAUGGGUGGCAUUACGACGGCGGCGGUCUCAUUGAGCGCGGCAUGUCUGUGCCUCGCGACAGGCGGCGUGCUGUCUGUGGACGCGAGUUUGUAUGGCAUCGUUGGCCAUUUUUCGUUUUCGUUCAUUUUUUCCUUCUUCUCCAGUGGCGGCAGGGGAGGUUGUGUGGUUGAAGAAAACUAUGUCUUGCGGAAGCAGGGUAGGGGGGGGUUUCCGGCGCGGGAGGGGGAAAUGUUCUUUUUUUCAGCACGAGAGCACGAUAUCUCACGGCUGGGGCAGGCACAUCUUUUUUUUUUUUUUUUGGAAUGGACUGUGAUGAUUUCAUUAAAGUCGAGGAUCAACGAGGGAGCAGAGAGACGUCCGCGCGACCAUUCCGUACGCCCCAGAACCCGUUUUUCUCACUACGCUGCUCUGCGAGGAAAUGUCUUUUGGGUUCUUUUACUCCGUAGGACUCGGCACGAUACCCCCCGGCCCUGGGCAAAUCAACAAGAAGCUACAUUCACACUGCACACAUUCUCGCCCUUCUUUGCUGCCACCGUCGUCGUUCUAUUCAGAGACCCUCGUUGGUCUUCUGGGAUACAGGGGAGGGAUAACACACACCGAGGGGCCCGGGGAGCGCCGGUUAUGAAGAAGGAAGGGAUGAAGAACGACAUACGAGUUUUAAGAAUACGGAGAGGAAGAAAUGUCUCUACAAACCUGUAUGAUAGUAUAUCCGCGUGUGCGCGCCCCCUUGCGAUUAUUAUUCUUCCCCCAUUCACCGUCUUCGUACCAAAAACUACCACUACUAGAAAGUCAGGACCUGACGAAUUGCUAAUUUUUUUCACAACGUUUUACACCAUCUUACGUUGCGCGUGAAGCAGUGCUAAUGGGAGAGAGUCUACGAUUUGUAAAGGAAUAAACAAGCGCUUGCAGGUUCCUAGAGCAGCAAACCAUGGGGCAGUGAGAUGUCUAGAGAGGUCGUACAGCCAGGCAAUCAUGCGUGAAUUGAUCCGAAGUGACAUGUGGACAACAUUUCGAGGCGUGUAGGUAAAUAGGCAGUUAACUGGGUAGGUUGUUUCCGUCGAGUCCAGAACAGAGAGAGAGAGAGAGAGAGAGAGAGAGAG